AUGCCGUUGAUUGAUAUGGCUGAGGCGGUAAGCCGAGGUGAAAUAAUUGUUGAUGAAGUUGAUGCAUUAAAUGCUGUAAACUCUGGAAAAUUGAGCGAAUUAGAAACAGCUCGAUUUAGUGCACUGGUAGCUGAACAUUCUCGUAGGCAGAGUAAUGGUAGCAACUAUGGUCUUAAUAAUGCAGAUUUGGAUGGUAGUGAAUUAGGAGCUUCAAAUGCAGCUGCUGCCAGCGAUGAUGAGCAUGCGUGGAAUAAUAUAUUAGUUGAUGAAGUUGAUUUUGUUCAUGCUGCUGAACGCGGUCGCAUUAAUAGGAGGGACUUGUACAUGAUGGGCUGUCGAAGCGAUUCGUUCAAUCCUGCUCGUAUGGCUGAUGAUGGAGAGUUUGGUGAUUUCUCGCAGGAUGAAAAUUGUUGGAACAGAAUUCUAGUCGAUGAAGUUGACAUUCUUCAUGCUGCAGAGCAGGGAGCCAGAGUUGUAAAUCGCAGUGAAUGUCGCUUGAUAGAAAAUGAGACAGCUGUCCCUAGAAGAAACGAUACAAUAGAAGAAAGUGGCACAACUGUAGGUGAUGAGUCAUUGAUCCCUACCGGCAGGACGAUCACUUCAGAUCAGCCCAGUGGCGAAUGA